CGCUUCUCCAGACGCAAACGGCGCGAAAAUAUCGUCACGAAGUCCUCUCGGCCAAUCGCCGCUUUAUCCUCAUGCUGUAUCCAACUCGUCGCACGAUCACGGUGGGGAGGAAACGGAUGCGGAAGAAGAUUCAAAACGUGGGUUUGGGAGCUACACGGAAAACCACCUGGCGGAGCAGAGGCAAGCAUACCCUUCGAGACAAACAGGAGGUCUUCAGGGGGAAGGCGACGGCAAUAAACAGAUCGAGAUUAGCAGCGGGGGAGAGGGACGUGUGGGGAAUGGUGGCAGAAUCGGCGAGGAGGCAGGCCGAGAUAAUAGGAACGGCAAGACACAGGAGUGCUAUGGGGGAGCAUUUUGGCGACAAAAAAGCGGUAACGCCUGGAAUGGCCUCGACUCCACCUUCCAGUACUUGGGAAAAGGUUGGCUCUGGGGCGAGUCGAGAGAAACCAGUAGGAAUGAAGGAGAUGGGGGCGACGGCGGUGAGGACAGCGAUGGUAAGGAGAGGGGAUGCGAGGAUGCGGCGUGCGGCGCCGGGAGAGGCGGUGGGGAGGUCGAGCCUGCGACGCGCUCGCUGCCGCACAUGGAUUUGAUACGAGAGGACGGCGACGACGAGGAUUUGAUACUAGCGAACGAGCUGGAGGAGAUCGAUAAGGAGGUCGUGCAAGACGUAUUCGACCGCGUGAGCUUCCUGCGGGACCAGGUGCAGCACUACCGCGCGCUGGGGGGCUUCGUGCUGCUGAUGGCGCUGUUCGUGGCAAUGGUGUAUCUGCAGGCCGACUCCUCCCGCACCUUCCAAGUCACCUCCGCCCACUCCGUCCUCAUCCCCACCAACUUCGCCCCAGAUUCGUCCAACCGCUUUGCAGGAGCGGGCGAGUUCUACUCGUGGCUCAACAACAGCAUCAUUCAGAAAUUCUGGCAAGACCCCCCAUGCGGAGACGGCACGUGCGAUCAACCUUUCGAGUUCCCCGCAUUCGGCCGCUUCGGCUGUGAGGCGGACUGCGGCACGUUCCCCAACCUCACCUCCGUCUCAAUCCAUUUCACGACGUCAUUUUCAUCAAAUGAGGCCCUGGCGUUGUCCGCAUGGAACCUGUGCAUGCAGAGCCCCAUCUCGCUCUGCUGGCACGCCCUCCCCCAGCCCUUCCCCGCGCUGCACGCCCAGUUCUCCCUCGCCCUCGACAUCCCCGACGGCCAAUGGGCGCUCCUCAUCACCGCGCCCAUGGGGGGCGUGCAGGGCGUGCUGCAGGCGCAGAAGCCGGGGUUGGCCCGGCUUGGAUCGGACAGAAGCGGUGUGGCGAUGACGAACAUGGGGUCGUCUAACAGUGUCACCAUUGCCGCGUUUGGCGGGUGCGCGGAUGGCGAGGGGUUUGGGUGGGGGAAUGCGUUGGCGGCAGCAGAGGCAGAGGCGCUGGACACGUGCAGAGAGGUGUGUGAGUCCGUGGCAGUGUGCCUGCAGUCCGCUUGUGGGCGGGAGGUGGCAACGAGGGAGGUGGCGGGCGCGUUUGUGGACUGCGUAAAGAUAUGCCGCGCAGCACCAGCCACCAUCCUCCCAUAUGACACCAUGUCAUGCCCCCAGAUAGCAGCAGAGGCCACCACCGUCUUUCCCAACUCCAUGUGCACAGACAAGGCUUCAUCUGCCCGCCGAAAAACAAGCGAUGACACGUAUAGGCAUGGCGGCGAGCAUGGCUACGAGCAUGGGCAUGGGCAUGGGCAUGGAUACGAGCACGGGCAUGCAUAUACUUCUUCGCAUGCUCGAGGGCUCGUGGAGGAGGUGCAUGGGACGAGGUACCGCUUCCACCAGAGCCGGCACCGUGCAGCGGACACACAUGCAGCGGCGGCAGAGGCAGCAGCAGCAGCUGCCGCACAUGGGGAUGGCAGUGCGCAUGACAGGCCUGUGCCAUCAUACCAUGCGACAUCGUACCAUUCGUCACAGCAUGGGCCAUCAUAUCAUGAUAGCUACCAUGGUUCAGCAGCCUACCAUGGGUCAGCAGCCUACCAUGGGUCAGCAGCCUACCAUGGUUCAGCGUUCCAUGCAUCAUCACUCCAAGGCCCGGAGCAGUACCAUGAGCAUGCGGCGCGUAGCCCCCAUGCCUCUUCUGCCUACCACAGCCAGGCCGCCAUGCAUGGGCUCUCCUCCUCUGCUGCCGCUGCCACCGACCUGGCAGCAGCAGGGGGAGCGGUGGGAGCGGUGGGGGUGGGAGGGGAGCGCAUGGUGCAGGCAGCUGAUCUAUCGGAAGAAACCCUUGACCUCCCGCAUCUCUCCACCGCGGCCAACGUGUGGACGCUCCUCGGCUCCACGGACGCGCAGCGAAUCAGGAACCUCCAGGUGGCGGUCUCACGGACGCUGUACACGAUGAUAAAGGACUCGUGCCUCGCGGGGCCGUACGCCAUGACGCUCACAGAGAGCUACCGCCGCAAGUUCACAGCCUUCCUCUGCACCAUCUUUGGCGGGCCCGCGGAGCAGCUGGAGCUGUGCCGCUUUAGAAACUCGACGGGGCAGCAGCUGGUGCAGGCAGAGGAGCUUUUCAGGCACCUCAAGAAGGUGCACCUGGGGGGCCGCCUGGUGAUCACAUCACAGCAGCUGCGGCGAUUCAUCGACAUCCUUAUUGCCGCCAUGCAGUCCGUCACCGCGCUCUCCCCCGACGCCCUGGCGGACCUCUCCUCCUUCUUCCACCGCCUGGACCCCACCAUCGUGAGCACCAGCACGGAGGGGUGCUCGCAGGGCGGCACGUGGCUGCAGUGGCGCGCGGGUGUGAAGCACAACACGACCAUCCAUGUGGGCGACAAGGUCACCUGGGUGUGGGAUGACGACCUCCCGCACUCCCUCAGAAUAUCGGGCAUGGGCGACGGGCCGAAGCCCUUCUUUGAGGGCUUUGGGGGCCACCGCCUGGCGCUGUCGCGGCGCUUCUUCUGCUCGCCCAUGAACGUGGGCGCCAAGGACGACUACGAUGACCCCGUGCCCUGCGUUGUUAAGCUCGCAUCGGACGUGAACACCACGUUCACAUACACCAAGGUGUUCUCCCGCCCGGGCGUGUACCUCUAUGAGAGUGGCAACGACGUCGCCUCCUCCUCCUCCUCCUCCUCCUCCUCCUCCUCCUCCUCCUCCUCCUCCUCCUCCUCCUCCUCCUCCUCCUCCUCCUCCUCCUCCUCCUCCUCCUCCAUGUCUGGGAUGAUCACCCAUGUGCCCGCAACGCUGAACCUGGGCCGGUCGCUGGUGACAAAUGUGCUCCUCGCUCCCCCCUCACCCCCCAACCACAUCCACCUGCAUCUCUCCCCUCCUACUCUCUCACCUUCGUUCUUCCCCUUCCUGCUGUGCAUCCCACCUCCGCCCUCCCUCCACUCGUCCCAUCCCUCCCCGCCACCAGACAUGGCGUUCCGCUGUGCGCCGGCAUGCUCGCUGCAGCUGAUAGCCAAUGGGGUGUGCAACCCCGAGUGCAACACGCCCACCUGCGCCUUUGACGGCGGUGACUGCGGGUGCAUCGACCCCGUCUUUGGCGUCGGCUUCUGCACCUGCCCUGCCGGCCAGGCCAGGCGCCACGAUGGAUCGUGCUGUGUGUCGGAUGCGGUGGGGGACAAUCUGAGCUACCCCUUCACACUGCAGCGCUACGGCCCCAACCUCUGGGAGAGCAACCGCGCCUUCGCUGCUGAGAGGAACGCGCCGCUCACCCGCUUUGUGGCGUCGCACAACAGGUUGCUCAUCGGCAUGUUCCUUCGCCAGCAGCGUUGGAGUGUCAAGACGUGCCAAAGCUCCGGGCUGCAUCACCUGGCGGGGUGGUGCAGCAACGGCACGUCACGGGAGCCCUUUGGGGUGAACGCGCACUACCUGCCCUCCUCCUCGCUCUUCAACCCCGUCGCUGCAGCCGCCACCACUGCCCCCCAGGCGCUGAACGCGUCUUCUCAGGAGCAGCUGGUGCUGAACCCGCAGGGACUGCCGUACGGCUUCGUGUACCCCGUGGAGGAGGAGGAGGGGUAUCCGUUGGUGUUUGACGUGAACCUGGCGUUCGAGGACGCCAUGAGCCGCCUGCAGUACCUGGCUGAUGGCUUCUAUAUCGACAACGCCACGCGCUCCAUCGAGGUCUCCUUCAUCACCCACAACGGCGAGAGCAGCACGUUUGUCCUCACGAGCGUCACAGCCGAGGUGGACACGGGCGGGGGGCUCGUCACGUCCUUCUCCUCGCUGCCCGUCUCCACCACCCUCUACCCGCCCACCCUCACCUCCGUGUUCCUGCUGCUGCUGCAAGCGGUGUACGUGUUGGCGCUGCUGUGGAACGGGGUGGAGGAGGCGGUGGAGCUGCGGGGGCGCAUGAAGAGAGAGGGGUCUGUUCUCAGCUACUUGCGCUCCGGAUGGAACUGGAUCGACAUGGCCUCUCUCCUCCUGCAGUGGCUCGCGCUCAUCACGUGGCUCGUGCUGUGGCGGGCCACAGAGGCCUUUGACGUGCAGCCGCGGUACGACAUCUACCACACGCUGCUGGAGAGGCCGCAGUACUGGGCCGUGCCGGACCCGCCGAUGGGGUUCAUGGCGGCCAUGGAUAGGUACUCAUCGCUGCAGGCGCUCAUCAACUGGCGCUCCUUCUACUUCGUGCUGCAGGGCGUCAAUCUCUUCUUCCUCAUGGUGCGCCUGCUCAAGCUCAUGGACUUCCAGCCCUAUCUGGGCGUCAUCACGCGCUCCCUCGCCCUCGCCAUGCCGUCGCUGCUGCACUUCUUCCUGCUCACAUUCAUCGUCUUCUUCUGCUUCGCUCUCUACGGCUACCUCGUCUUCGGUGGCAAAAUGGAGCAGUUUGCGACGCUGCCGGAAGCGCUGUUCACAUGUUUCCUGAUCAUCCUGAACGAGAACGCAACGGCCUAUUUCUUUGUGCACAUGCACGGGUGGGACCUGGUGGCGGGCAUGCUCUUCUUCAUCGCCUUCAUCCUCCUCCUCGUCUUCAUCCUCUUCAACUUCCUCAUCGCCAUCAUCGUCGACGCCUUCAUGACCAUCAAGGACUCGCAUGUGGUGGCGACAUCCAUAACGCACGACAUCGGCACCAUCCUGCGCUACCUCAUCAACCGCUGCCUCGGGCGCUUCUCCCCGUACAGUGACAUCAUGGGGCGGCUGGAGCAGCUGGGCGCGCGCAACAAGCAGCAGGAUGAGGCGCACAAGCGCAUGCAGCGCUACCAGUCCUUUAAACGCCGCGCCAAGUCAUGUCUUGGUGGGAAGGUCUGUGGGGGGGGUGCUGCGGAGGUUGAAAGAGCCAAGACGAUGGCGGCGAGUGGGGGGGGAGUGGUGGCGCCGCAGAGGGUGCUGCAGGUGAAGGGGCAGAGCAUUGAUGACAUCUCCCUUGCCAUGAUCCUGCAGCGCCGCCAUGCCCGGGAGGAUCCGUCAGCUUCCCUGCCCUCCCCAUCAUCCGCAUCCGUGCUGCAAAUCUCACCCGAGUCAGAGCAGCUGUCGCACGUGCUGCUGAGGCAGUUUGGUGACCACGUGGUGCGCGACUACAGCCGCCCGCAGCACAAGCCCAAGCAUGGGCUGCCACAGGUGCAGGAGGAGCUGGGGAAGGUGCGGGAAGCCAUGGACGAGCUUAAAGCCAUGGUGCUCGCGCUGCACUCCGCUGUCGCUGCAGGGGCGGGCGGAGCGGGGGUAGGGUUUGGAGGGGAGGGUAUGCUGCCUGCUGCUGCCGCUGGUGCGGCGGGUGUAGGUGGAAGUGCAGCUGGGGGAGCAGGGGGGCACUGCCCGCUGUUUUCUGCGUCGUCGUCGGCAGCAGCAGCGCUGGCGCGCUCUUCUUUCAGCACCACCUCCUCCUUUUCCACCGCCCAAGGCUGCUUCCUCUCCCCCAACUCCCUUGGCACACCCCUCGGCACCUCCCCUGCUAGGGACCCCUUCUCUUCCCCUGCUGCCUCCUCCCUCGCUGCCUCCAGCCCCUUCAUCCGUAACCCAUUCGCUGCUGGUAACCCACUCGUCGCCGGCCACCCGUUCGCGACUAAUAACCCGUUUGCUGGGGGUAACCCGUUUGGCACAGGCAGUCCGCAGCACCGCUCGCUGGUGCUGCAGCGGGGGGCAGCGAGGAGGGCAGGGAGUGCGGGGCGGGCGGGGCUGAGGGGGAGCAUGGGUCCUAGUAACUUGGGGCGGGGGAUCCAGGCGAGCAGGCAGGGGAAUGGGCUGAUGCUCUCGCGUGUGGAAACUACCCCGCUGCCCCACCGGCAUAGUCUUGACGGCGCUGCUUCGGGUCGUCAUGGCGGUUCUGGCGCCGAUUCCCAUGCUGAGAGCUCACAGCAGCCGACUGAUGAGAGUGCCGCUUUCGUUCAUGCCGAUACCAUGCCCAUGCCCCGAACCCGCACCUCUUCGUUCCCGUAUCCUGAACCCGAGCCUCGUGACGCACAGGCAGGUUCGGCGCAGGCUCCUGGGAGCAGUGAUGGAGAGAGUGCGGAUGGGGAUGGCAAGGGGAGUGCAAGUGGUGAGGAGCAGAGUGAUGAGCUGUCGCCGCUGACGAAAGCCGCCCGGCGCGUAUCAUUGUCAGAGAUGGAGGAGGAGGAUGGGGGGAGGAUGCGGAAGAGAGGGGGGGAUGGUGGCCGUGGGAUGGGUGCCAGUGGAGACGGUGCAAGUGGGUCGGUUCGGAAGAGUGUGGGGUUCCAUGAGGAACGAUUCCCAGCAGGCCCCGUUUUUCGUCUCUCAUUAGUAGCGGGGAUGGCGGAGGCGGUCGCGGUGCUGCGCGCGAAGAAGCAGGCGGAGAAGGAGGGGGAUGCCGGCGAGGCGUCGUUCCCGCGGUCGAAGAGUUUGCUGGACGAUAACUUCGACGCGUACCAGGCGGCCAACUACCGCAUGUGGGUUCGAUCCAAGUCCGACGAUACAUCCAGUCGCAAGAAAACGGGGUCUAGCACCCUCAAGACGCACAACCUAGAUUUCCUCGAUAGCCGCGGCAUAUUCACGCCGCAUAAUCCGGAGCUCUUGUCACGCCUCGCGUCAAGCUCGUCGGUCAAUCCGUCCAUCCCCGUCGACGAAGGCGGAGGGGGGGAAGGAUACGGCGGUGACGAGGAUUACGCGGGGAUCUGCGCGGAGAGCGGAGCGGAGGGGCGCGCACGCAACACGAGCGCCGACUGCACGAGUGGAACGGAUGGCGCAGAGGGCGGGGAGGGCGGAGAGGGAAAGGCGACCGCGGCGGGGGGUCCGCUGAAGCGCAGCAUGACGGAGGAUACGACGGGGGAGACCAUGGCGCGGAGUUCAGGGUCGCUGAAGGGCCUAGGAGCGGGUGACAGCCUGGCGCGGUCGUCGAGCGACGUGCUGCGCGACGCGGAGAUGGACGAGAUGGACCGCGAGGUGCUGCAAGAGGCGUUUGUGCGCGUGGUGGGGCUGCAGCAGCGCGUGCAGCACUACCGCGACCUGGGCGGGUUCGUGGUGCUCAUGGCGCUCUUCAUCACCAUCCUCUACCUCCAGGCCGACUCCUCAAGAAGCUACGAAAUCACCUCCGCGCAUGCAGUGCUCUUCCCCCCCGUAUGCGCCUCCCCCCGCCAUCUUCCGCCGUGCUCUUCCCCCCGUAUGCCCCCCCCGCACCCCCCGCCGAGCUCUUCUCGCCUCGCCCUCUUCUCUCGGUCGUCUCCCCUCACCCUCCGCCCUGCGUGUGUGUCUCCCUGCCCACCACGAGAGCAGGGCAUGCGUCAGGAUGCGUCCAACACUUUCAACAGCCCGGAUGACUUCUACAAUUGGCUCAACACCAGCAUCAUUCAGGUGCGUUCCCCGCCCUCUCCCAUUCGCCUCUGCCUUAUAGCUCCUCGUGCAAUUGGUGCGUGUUUCGUCCCGGAUAACCACGCCUACCUUCCGCCCAGCCCACCCACGCGGCAUCCCAGCUCUCCCUUCCCUUGUCUGCAGCUCGCACGCUCCUCACUCCCUCCUCCCCUCUCCCCGCCGCCCCUGCAGAGCCUCUGGGCGGACCCCACGUGUGGCACCGGCUUAUGCGAGCGCCCCUUCCAGUACCCGGCGUUUGGCCGCUUUGGCUGCGAAGCCGACUGCGGCAUCUUCCCCAACCUCACCUCCGUAGUCAUCCGCCUCUCCUCUCAGCUUGACACGCAGCAGGCAGCAGACGAAUCUUCCUGGAACCUCUGCAUGGUCAACCCGGUCUCCCUCUGCUGGUACGAGGAGUUCCAGCCAUUCCCUGUGGGCGACACGGAGGUAUCAGUAGCGUUGGACAUUCCGGACGGCGACUGGGUGGUGGUGCUCAACGCGCCCGCGGGGGGCAUCCGCGGCACCGUGCACGCGCCCCCUCCCGGCACGCGUCGCUUCUCCGUCGUCGGCGCCACCACGACUCUUGAGCUCGCCGCCUGGGGCUACUGCGAGCACGACGAUGACGUGGAUGCAGCCAAUCAGGCGCUGCCAAGUGGCGGCGCUGGUGGUUCUCCGCCUGAUGUCUGUCGUGAUACAUGUGCAAGGCUAGUGCUCUGCCUGCCAGCAACCUGUGGGCGGCCAUUCACGGAGAGGGAGGUGGCAGGGGCGUUCGUGGACUGUGCGCGCAUGUGCAUCGUUGCACCCUCCUCCGUCACCUCCUACGCCGACACUCCCUGCCCCAUGCCUGAGAUUGCAUCCCUCUUCUCCAACGUCCCCUGCAACGUUUCAGCGCUGCAGGUGGCGGUGUCGCGUGCUCUCUUCACCAUGGCCAAGGACCGCUGCCUGGCCGGCCGCGCGCCGGGAGCAGAGGCAAGGCUAGUAGCGGGAGCGAGCAACCACACACAGAGAGGGUUAGGCAGCGUGCGGUGGCGCAUGGUGGCGUGCCUGUGCAUGAUGCUGGGGGGCCCUGUGACGACUUUGGAAGAGUGCCGGUUCACGGAUGAAAGAGGGCAGCAGGUGGUGGAGGGUGGUGAGAUGCACGCAUACCUGCUCCGCACGCAUGUGAGCGGUGGGCGCGUGAUCUCAGCGCAGCACAUGCGGCGCUUCGUGCAGACCAUGGUGGCGGCGCUGCGCUCCGUGACGGCUAUCCCAGACGAGGCCGCUGCGCGCCUCAACACGGUCUUGCACGCCUUCGACGAUGCUGUUGUCACCUCAGACUCUGUCGGCUGCUCACAAGGUGCUCAUGCCCGGCACUUCUUUAAUCUUUUCUGUCUCCUUUCAGCAGGCGGGGCGUGGCUGCAGUGGCGGGCAGGCAUGUCGCACAACACGACCAUCCAUGUGGGCGACAAGGUCACGUGGGUGUGGGAUGACGACCUCCCUCACUCCAUCAGAGUGUCUGGGAUGGGAGAGGCAGGCGACCCGUUGUUCCUGGGCUUCGGAGGGAACCGCCUGGCCGUGUCACGGCAGAUGGCGUGCACUCCCAUGAACGUGGGCGCUGGGGACAUGCGUGACGAUCCCGUGCCGUGCGUGCUGAGUGAGUGCAAGUGCAAGUGCCAUGAAAUGGACGACGAGCCUGCGGGCACCUUUGCGUACAGCAAGGUGUUUGCCCAGCCAAUCACCAUUCACUAUGAGGACGGCACUGUGCCAGGCACGGUUGGGGACUCCCAAUCCUCCUCCGCCUCUCCUUCCUCCUCCACCACCCUCACCUCCAUGGCCAGUAGCAUUCUCACAGUGCUGCCUGCAAGGACUGGGGCGGAUGCUACUGCUGGUUUUGUGAAUACCACCACAAUCGUCACCAACGCCACAAACCCCACUGCUUCCAACAGCACGACCGCUCGCCCCACCAACACCAACACCGCGGCAACCUACGAGUGCUCGCCGAGGUGUCGGCUGCGGCGGCUGGCGAACGGGGUGUGCGAUGCGGCGUGCAACACGCCCGCGUGCGCCUUUGACGGCGGCGACUGCGCGUGUGUCGACCCGCUCUUUGGCCCCGGCAUCUGCCCCUGCCCGCCCGGCCACACCCGCCGCGACGACGGCUCGUGCUGUCUAUCCACGGCGGUGGGAGCCAAUCUCAACUUCCCCUUCUCACUGCAGCGCUACGGCCCCAACUACACCGAGAGCAACUACGUCUUUGCUGCUGAGAGGGGCUUUGCGGCCACACGCUACGUGUCUGGCCGCAACCGGUACGCCACCCCCUGCCUCCCUGCCUGCCCUGUUGGCCGCCCUGUUGGGCAACACACUUGUUUUGUGCAGCGCCUGCCUCUCCACCACCUCCUGAUGCUUCCUUUCAUCCCAUCCUCGCAGCAGCACAGCAUAUAUCCACCAGAGCCUUGGCUGACCACCACACUCAGCUUCACACUCUCCUCUUCCUUAUCCCACUCCUCCCCAUCCCCUCUCCCUUCUUCUCCGUGCCAGUGUGCUGAUCGGCAUGGUGCUGCAGCAGGAGCGGUGGGUCACGCAGCAGUGCAGCGGGCCGGGCUGCACCCGCCCUUCUCUCCCCCAAAACCCCCUACACGUCCCUGCCCUCUCCCCUCCCUCCUCUCUCCCCCCAGCCUGCUGCACCUGGCGGGGUGGUGCAGCAACGGCACGUCCACGGAGCCGUUUGGAGUGAACCCGCACUUCCUGCCCACGUCGGCCAUCUACGACAGCGCUGCCAGCGCCAACAUGAGCCAGCUCGACAACAACACCUUCGGCUUCAGAUUGCAGUUCAACCCACAGGGCCUCCCCUACGGCUUCAUCUACCCCUUGGUCAGCGAGACACUCACAUUCGUGCUCACAACUGUGAGGUGCACGGUGAACGGGGGCGGCAGCAUGGCAGUGAGCUUCAAGUCGCAGCCGGCAGCCAUGGCGAUGUACGAUGCAUCAGCGGACAACAUCGCACGGCUGGUGCUGGAGGUGGUGUAUCUGGUGGGGCUGCUCUGGAAUGUGUGUGGCGAGCUGCAGGAGAUGGCCGACCGCGCUGCCACCCAUGGCUCUGUGCUCAGCUAUUUUGAGCAAGCAUGGAACUGGAUCGACAUGCUCUCUCUCUCGCUGCAAGCUAUCGCCGUUGUUCUCUGGGUGGUGCUGUGGCGGUACGUGAGCACGUUUGACAUGCAGCCACGGUACAACAUCUACUACUCGCUGUUUGAGAUGCCACGCUACUGGGCCGUGCCCAACCCGCCCACGGGCUUCAUCAGCGCCAUUCAAGCUUUUGCUGAUCUGCGCAACAUCAUCAACCUCCGUGCCGUCUACUUCGCCCUCCAAGGCAUCAAUGUUUUCUUCAUGAUGAUUCGCCUACUCAAGGUGAUGGAUUUCCAGCCUUACCUUGGGGUCAUCACUCGCUCCCUCAGCCUCGCCACGCCCUCCCUGCUGCACUUCUUCCUGCUCUCCUUUACGGUCUUCUUCUGCUUCAGCAUGUAUGGCUACCUCGUCUUCGGAGGCGCAAUGGAGCUGUUCUCCACAGUACUCAACUCCAUGUUCUCCCUCUUCCUACUACUCAUCAACGACAACGGGUCGGCCUACUUCCUGCAGCGCCUGGAAUCGUGGGACCUGAUAGCAGCGAUGCUCUUCUUCUUCAUGUUCAUCGUCUUCAUGGUCUUCAUCCUCCUCAACUUCCUCAUCGCCAUCAUCGUUGAUGCCUUCAUGAGCGUCAAGGACAGCGACGUGGUUGCUACCUCCAUAGCCGCGGACCUCGCUCACAUAUUCAAGUACAAAUGGAAUUGCUGGCGCGGCCGGUACUUGCCGUACCAAGUCAUUCUCGACCGCCUUGUGGAUCUGGGGGCCAAGGACACCCGCAUUAAAGAGGACAACCCUCGGAUGCGCCGCUUCAAGUCCAUCCAACGGCGGGUAGGCUUAAUGCUCUCUGGCGCGCGAGGCAGCGCCCACAAGGCGGCGCACUUUGCCGGGUCAGACAACCAGCCCGCCUUCCCCUCCGCCGUCAGCGAGUCUCGGGUGCGGAAGCAGCACGUGCUGACAGUGAGGGAGAAGCGCAUCGACGCCAUCUCGCUCGCCAUGAUCCUGCAGCGCCGCCACGACGAAAGGGCUAGCAGGGCCCGCCAAUCUUCCUCAUCCAAGGCGGCACCGCGUUUCUCCUCGUCCCGGUGUGAGAACGGAUCAAUGUGCGGGCCUGCCACCUGGGCUCCUGACGAGGAGCGGCUGGAGCAGCUGUCGCAGGCGGUGGUUCUGCAGUGCGGCGAGGUGGUGAAGCAGGCCGCCCUGCCCGUCAAGAAGCCCGUGCAGAAACUCAGCCUCAACCACGUGCAGGAGGAGGUGGUGCGGUGCCAGGCAGGGGUGGAGGAGCUGAGGGGCAUGAUGGCGGACAUGCAGAGCGACAUGCGUGCCAUGAUGGCGCUGCUCGACCGCGCCUUACCCUCCUUACGCGCCCAGGGCCCUCUCGUUCCCCGCUCGUUAUCACCCCUGCCCGGGCAGCUACCGCUGGUGCAGCUACCGCUGGUGCAGCAACCGCUGGUGCAGCAACCCCUGGUGCAGCAACCCCUGGUGCAGCAACCCCUGGUGCAGCCGUGUCUGAAAGUGCGGCAAUUAGAAGAGGAGGGCGAGGGGCUGGGGGAAGAGGCGGGUGGGAUGGGCGUGGGGGAAGGAGCAAGUGGGAAUGGGAGAGUGGUAGGGAGCAGCAGAUCCCCAUCGUCGAAGCGAGGGUCGGGGAGACGGGUGGUGUUCCAAGAUGAGGCAGUGGAGGGCGGUGAGGGUGGUGUGGGCACAGACGAGUCAUGUCAACAGCCGUUGAUUGGAAACCCAAGGGACCAUUGA